AUGUUCGGUAGUGUGCACCGAAAUGAUGACCCGGACAACCCGAAUACACUGAACGGGCCGAGAGUUUCGCAGCAACCAGAAACACAGCCGGUUAGUGAUGCUUAUUCAAAAUCAAAGAGAAUAAUAUCAAAUUUGAGACAAUAACGACUGGAAUGUCAUGGGAACUACGCGUGCAAUCGUUUAUUGGACUCUUAAUUCUCUCAAUUAUCGCCAGUUUUUCUGUAAGAGAAAUUUUAGAAAGAAAAAUAACUGAAGCCACGUUUUCAGGGCAGCUACUUGCUUCUCCUCACGAAAAUCACUGGAUUCUGUAUAAUGACAUCAAUAAGUGCAGUCCUUUCCCUCAGCAGUACUUGUUGUCUGAUGGGUCCAGUCGGACAGCUCAAAAAAAUGUUCGAUAAGAGUCGGUGGAUCGCUUCUUCCAUGUACAUUCUCAUGAUUCUCCUCACUCUCAUCUCCGGUCUCGUCCUCAAGAACGCUCUGCUCGCCAUAAUCUGUACCGUUGGACAGUACGUUUCCAUGGCCUGGUACUCCCUUUCCUACAUUCCGUAUGCACGGGAAGCCGUUGCCAAAAUCUUUUUCUGAUUCAGUUCUGCCCUCGUUUCCCUCCAUUUCCCGCUUUGAGAUUUGCCAUCGUCCGGUUGUGAGAGCUUUUACUUAAGUACAUUUUGUGAUCAUCACGGGGUCGCGACGGAUACAUCGAAAAUUAAAAGUUGAACUUCCGCCAACAGUCCAUUGCGUACCGCCCCUAUCUUAAUUAGGCCAAAGCGAAAUUCGAGCGUACAUGUGCCAGUGUACCAGCCACGACUCCGUGAUCAUAUAUAUUGUCUACUUGUUGUUGCUAAGUUGUAUAAUACGAAAUGCAUAAAAUAAAUUCUAUUAUAAUGAGAAUGAAACGUAACGUGUUCUGCAAAGGACCAAAUCGGUAUUACCAAUUGUCGGCGAUUCUAAUGAUUUUUCCAUUCUGAAUGAGUCCAUCUAGUGGCAUCUUUGCCACGGAUAAAAAGGUCGGUGAAAUCGUUACAGACGAACGAGGCGGCUCACUAAAAUGAAACAGGCGGCUCACAAGAAUGAACUCCACGGCUCACCGUCUUUCUCGAAAUAUUUCGCACCGCCGGAAACCCCAGCAGUGCAUAUCCAAAAUUAUUUAUUAGCUCUACACUUUCUUCCGAAAGGCAGAAACUCCAGCGUACCUUGGUAACUGGGUAAUAAACCAAGGAUUCCGGCGCGAUGUUUCCUCUUAUACAUUUUCAUGUACCGACAAAAAACGGGCUCGCGUUAACGACCGUUGGGAAUGCCCAAUAGAGACGCAGACGAGCAAACAAACUGUUCCAGAACUUGUUGAUACGGUAAUUCAAGUAAUUUCGAAUCCAAUUAUGUCUCUUAUCGAAAAGAACAUAAAAAUAAACUGCGAGAGCUCAUUUUGGCGACUGUUGUAGCUCAUCUGAACUGAAAAUUUAUUUUGUUACUAUUCCAUAACAUUUUGUUCAAAUACAUCACUUUCUCAUCCUUCCAGUCUCUUUUCUGUGUAACUGGAAGGUACCUUCAGUUCGGCUGCUUGCAAGUCAAUUAAUUCGGAGACAAUCCGUUCGGAGUUCUAUCGAAGACUCGAUGGAUCCGAGGAACUCGCAUGUUUCAGGCGAUUUCCAGCGUUAUUUCUAGGAGAGUGAAUUGAAAAUGCAAAAAAUUAUGCUCGACCAAACGUUUCCUCCUCCCCUUCUAAAUAACUGCUUCAUCGUUUCCCACACCAACUCUCGUAUAUUUCCUUUUACAACAAUGCGUUUUUUUCCCACAGAGAAAUGUCGAAAGGCGUCUCGAGGCGGCUAUAAUCAAUCGGAGAGAGUAGCAUUCUCACUCGAGCCGGCUCUGCUCCACGUCGUCCCUUUCGUUUGAAUUCCAAAUGUCUGCCGGGUCGUCAGCAGUGGCGGCGGCAUCGUCGGCCGGCUGAGUGGCGUGUUAAUUUGAUUUAUGUGAUGACUGCAGAAGACGGCGGAAAACACGGCGGGCAGGCAGGUAAUUGAGAAGCGGUCCCAUUCCGAAUCUCCCCUUUUUUCCGCCUUUUCCUCCUCGACCACUUGCCUCGUCGCUUCCGUUUUGAUUUAUGAAUCGGCACGAAAAGACAGCAGCAGCAGCAGCAGCCUCAGACAUUCGGAUCGACGAACAACCUUGGUUCUCCGCCAGCAUUUCUACUCGUUUCGUGUUGUUUUUGUGGAAAACUUUUCAUUUCUGUGUUUCCAUCUUCGCGCUUUGAUUCAGAAUUCCUCGCCCCCAGCAACUCCUCCCGGGCCGUCUAAUCGUUUCCGAACACGGAAUCGUGGCUGGUACACUGGCGCAAGUGCGCUCUAAUGAAAUCUUCAAAAAUUUCGCUUUGACCUAAUGCUUUAGGAUAGGGGCGCUACGCAAUCGACCGUUGGGGGAAGUUCAAAUUUAAAUUUUUGAUCUAUCCGUCACGACCCCGUGCCGAAAUAGACACCCAACCUUCGAUCAUCGUUUGAAUCGCCCGUCUCCUCCAAACUUUAUGUGCCCGCCGAAAGCCCUUUUAGUGUCCCAUUUGGCCGCCCAUCCGCACGUGUUUUUGAGCGCAAUUGCGUUCUCCAUAAACCGAAUCGCUUAUAAUUACACCCUGUCGCGCCGUCGUUCUCAAUUUGCAUUCAGUGUCAGAAUCCUGCGCCCAGCCGUCCUCCCCCGUUCCUCCUUUCUUUUUUGUUUCACACAAAGGCCGGCCGUAUUUGUGCCGCUCGUCCCUCGAUGAUUAGUCGUCGUGGCACGUCGAUAUAUCACUCAAGCCGAAGUGCUCUGUGAAUUGCUCCGGCGCAGAAGAGCUCUGAAAGAAAAGAAGCGAGGAGGGGCGGAAGAUCACAAAAACAUUUGGUGUCGGGCGAGCAUUUAAUGCUUCUGCUGCUGCUCGUUGGGGCGACGGCGGCAGAGUCUUCCGGAUCUAUUCAUAUUUCAUCCUGCCACGUCUUACACUUUCAUCAAUUUAGCGGUGCUCUCAUAUUUCAACACAAUAUGAAUUGCAUUAUGUUUUGGCAGCGCAAUGGGUCCCAGAUGAUUCUUCAUACGCCCGAUCACACGUUCUACUGGUGGAGAGGAGCGAUGCCUCCCUGAAGAUACACAAACAGAUACAAUCGGUCCCGUUGUCCGCCCCCUGAUUUAUGUAUCGCCAGAAGGCGAUCGUUUAUGACACGCCGAGUACAUACUCGGGAGAUUAGCUCCGCUCAUGCGUCCCCCCAUCCGCAACCAUCCAAUUAUGCGCCUCCUUCCUCCGAUUGCCUUCGUUUUUCGAUAGACGACACCUUCGACACCGGCUGUUGUCCUCUCCUUAUCCCUUCCAAGACCACCCACUCAUCCGUCUGGCAUAUGUUGAAUACGCAAUGAACUUUGUAUUAAUAGUAUGUGUAGUCUUCGAUUUGAACAUGUGCGCGAAGACGGACGGCACAAUGGCAAUUAGAGAUUCGCGUGUGUGUGUGUGUGUGGACAACAGACGGACAGAAUGACUGACUGACGUCGCUUUGGAAACAUGCCGCCGCGCUAAAUACGCUGAUGAAUGGGAUACGGCGCGAAAGUGACGAAGGUCGGAUCCCUUCUCGUUCGUCCCCUCACCUGAUCCUUAUCAUCCGGAAGUUGAGGGCCAUUAUUACCGUACUCACAUUCACCGCGUAAUUUGAGCACACAAUAGAGGCUGUUUGCACCCGAGUGACGUGACAGCUGCAUUCACCUGCUAUUACAGUACGCCCUUGAACCGCAACUAGAGUGACAAUGCACUAACAUUGCGUCACACAGACUCUUUGCCGUCUUUAUGAUGACGUGGCAGACCUUUCUCGUAUUUACGACCUCUUGGGUAACCCCGAUCUGUUCUCUUUUACAGCGUGUCUAUUACAUCCCCUUCCCUCCUCCUCCGUCCUCUUCCCUCUUCUCGUUCCCCUCCUCGAUCGUGUUUGUAUCCGUUCCACGAGCAUCAUGUCAUUAUUUCACUGCCCAGUGACCACCAGUUAGCCGCCUAAUUAGCGGUUUGCCCAAACAGAAACGGACUGCCGGAUUAUCCCUCGAGCAAAUCAUCAUCUCUUUCCGUUGCCGUUUGCUAAUAGACACACCUGGAGAGGUCAUCGGCCCUCUCAGCUCAUCCGUCGCCAAUAAUAAUAUGGUUGGGCGGGAUGGGGAAAUGGGCCGUCGAGUGCUACCAAUUUAUGGCUCUCCGGUCGCUCGUCUCGUCGCGAUAAUAGGCUUGUUCGACACUUUCACAUUAACCAGAUGAAUGUGCUUCUGGCGUCGGCUCGCCGGUCCGUCUCCUUCUUCUUCUUCUUCUUCUUCUCCAUCUCGUUGUUUCUCCAAAUAAGAUUGGCAAAAGGUGGCUCUUCUCUUCUCGGAAGUCUCUCCAAAUUCCUGAGCAAACAGACAGAUUGCAUUGGCGGCUCGCAUUUCGACUCCCCGCCCCACCACAUCUUCCUCUGAUUGCACAACGAGCAUGUGACGUGGCACUCGAAACUCGAGAAGGUCCCUCCUUUGUCGGUACCGUCGCCCGUCACAAGAACCGUCCAAUUACUGUUCUUCGUCACUUCCAUAUCUGAUGUCGUCGCAGAGACAAGCAUCUCUUCUUGGUGCAGGUGGUGAGUAGGGACAGAUCGCAUCAUAAUCGUCGAAGUGCGUAUACAUCGCAGUACGUAUUAGUGAGGAGAAGGGAGGUCUCUAUUGACAUUGUUUGCACUGGACGCUCCUUCGGAACCGUCAGUUAUGUAAAUCUGAGUAAAUAGCGGCUUUUAGAGUGUUGCCACGUCAAACAGUAUUGCACUUAGAGCCUACUCACUCGCUCGCCUCUUCACCUACUACCACCCGCCGCCGCCGCCGCCGCCAGCAAUAGCAGCAGCAGCAGUCACAUCUAAAUGUCACUUCUCUUGUCAAAACGCAAGAGGCCCAUUCUUCUGAUCGCUUUUCAAUGGUCGUGUCGUUUCGGCGCGUCGUUGGCGCGAUGCGAAGAAAAACGAAAGGUUCGAAAUCAAAUUGCGGGAAAAGAAGAAGAGGGGUCUCUUCUAUGAGUCUGCUUGCCUACCGAGCGGUGUCAAUCUUGAUACACACACAAGCACUCAACAAUCGCACACACACAGGAGGCACUCGACCAAACAUUGUGGUUGGCAAACUUGACACAUGUCCUCCUUCUCCUCCUCCUCCUUCUUCUUCUCCCUCUUCUUCCUUCGUGUCCGUCCAGUAACUCGACCUCCCUCUACUCCUCCUUCGCCGCCGUCUUCUUCUUCUUCUCCUUCUUCUCCCCUUGGUCAACCAAUAUGAUGCGCUGUUGCCUGCUGCUGCUUGUCCCCUUACACCCAGCGGUGUCCUCGACGUCUUCUUUUUUCUCCCAUCUAUAUUACCCCCUCUACUCGGCCCUAACACACACCACCACCUCUUGAUCGUUCGCUGCGGGGUGUCGGUGUUUCGACACAUUAUAUGUUGGAUGGCCCUCGCCUCUUACCCCUUCCUCCCGCGUCCUACUCCUCGUCGACCCAAGCACAUCUGGGUGACAUACACACACACACACGCAGAUUAUCCAUGUCAUGUUCAUAACGGCCCGCAUGUGUCUGUGUCCGUUUUGACUCUGUCGUUAUUUGAAAUUCAAAUUACAUCUUCCUCUCUCGGCUCCUUCUUUUUAUUCUUCUUCUUCUUCUUCUUCGUCGUUUCCAUUCGUAAACGGGAAAAGGAAAGAAAAAAUAUCCGCCGUGUCUCCGGAGUCACCUGAAAGAGUCUCCGCAAGAGCAAUUAGGGAUCGGAGGGGUGACACCUCGUCCCCGGGGACCGGAAGCCGUCUCAUAAAGUGACAAAGCUUUCUAGAGAGAGUGACCAAUCGACCGUGUCCUCCUCAUAUUCAUAUGGGUAGGCACUCGCGCGCCCCCCUCCUCCUGCCAGUGUUUAUGUUUCUAUUACUCCCACUACUAUCCGCUGCCUACCACCGCUCACUCGCGCGCACAGCUUGCGCAGUCUCUCUCCCAUCUCUUCGUCUUUCCGUUCCCCCAUUAUUGUCUUUUUGUCGAGAGUACGCGAACGCUCUCUAUACGCACAUCCGAUUAUCUUCUCGCGCGCUCUCUCGCUCUCGCUCUCCCUUUGACCCCCACACACUUCUCCCCGUUUUUCUUUGAUUCAAAGUCGGACAGUAUAUGAAUUCGACGGAUUUUGAUGCCGGAGUUCCGUUAUUAUUGCGAUCCCUGUCAUGACAACUUGCGACGAACGGAACAAAAAAAACAUAGCUUUUUGCCGCUCUCAUUCAUUUCUCAUGUCCCCAGUGUAAUUCUCUCUCUCUCUCUUUCUCUCUCUCUCUCUCUCUCUCUCUCUCUCUCCGAACCUGCUUGUUUUCAAUAAGUCAGGGUGCCCCUCGUCGGUCGCCAGUUGUGCGUGUUUGCUGUCAUCAAGGGUUAAUUCAUUUUUGUCCAUUUCGAAGGUUCCCGUAAUUGAAUUAUUGAAUUAGAAGGCAGAUUACAUCCCCCCGGCCGCCGCCGCCCGUUUCUUUUUUCAGGGCCCCCGGUGCAUUCGUUGUCGCGUGCUAGAAUGCAUUCGUUUCAUUGGCCAACUAAUUUCCAAAUUGGUUUUCCCUCCCCUCCUGGCUUCCCUUUGUUCUUCCCUCAUUCUCUCCUUAUUAGUUCAACUUUUCGGGUUUCCCCAGAGAGGAUAUUCCAACCGUGGUAGAAUAAUCAGGCCGUCCGUUCCCGUCUUAUCAUGUCGUGUCAUGAUUUACACAUCUCGGCUAUAUCCUUUCUUUUUUGAUUCUGCCGCCGCUGUCGUCGCCAGCGCCACAGCAUUUGAUACGGCCGGAAGAAAGGUAAUUAAUUGGAAGAAAGAGAGAAAGACAAGGGGUUGUUGGUGGCCACAAUGAAGCAUUUACGGGCGGACUCUGUGAGGUACACCUUCCACGUCAUCGGUCCCUUCUGCUCUGCUCUGAUGCCGCCGCCGCACCAUUAGUCACUCUGCCCUCUUCACGACUACAGAGCACCACCGUACACCUUUGCUGACGCAUUCGUAAAGACAAAAAACAGAUUAGAAGAGAAGACAGAACGAAUUUUCGUACUCAAUUUGUAUUACUAUCACUACGGUGGCGCUUUGACUGCGGUUAGUCAGACUCAUAACACACCCGCCUUCCCCCCGACUCGGCCACUUCUAUUUCUGUUUAUGUAAUCCGGGAAUAGUAGCCUCCCGAGACCUCAUGGUAAAUAUUCAUCAGUUGUAACCAAGCGUGAACAACAUCUUGUGUCCGUCGUCGUCGUCGUUUCUUUGCGUAUUAGUUGUCAUCCAAUUACUUCUCGCUUUGUUUUCGAAUUCGGCACUCCGUCUUCGUGUCGUCGGUUUGGCGGCCCACUUCGACCCGGGCGGUCCGUCCAGCCGCCAGAAGCUCCACACACUCAUUCACCUAAACCUUUUCCCCUUCUUCUUUUUUUGAUUAUUCAUAGUCCUCUUUUGUCUUUCUCUCGCCGCGUUCUUUCUCCUUUUUUCCUUCCUCUCCCACUCCGCGCAACUUUAGGUUAGAACGUGAGAAAGGCGAGCCUUUCGUGUUUCGUUCCGGCCGCCCGUACCUCUUUUCCUUUACAUUCGCCUCCUUUUGGUCCUUCCGACGCCAACUGUCGCGAGGAAAAGUGUCAAUUUAUGAGGUUGUUUAGUCGGCCCAUAAAAGUCCAGAAUGAUGCGGAGAAAGCCAAUAAGCCUCCACUUGAAACUUCUAAUUCUUCCCUUUUCCCAGUCAAAGCACCUGGAUUACAUUGGGUGUAACUUUCGGCGCCGAACCUAUGAAUCUUCUCGAAUGUCAUUCGAAAGAGAGAACCUUGAAACGGUGAUGUACUCCCGGGUUAACAUCGUCCAUUUUGAUUAAUUACCCUUUCAUUGAUGAGAAUCGAGAUAAUAAAUCGGUUGGAAUCUGACGAAUCAAACGUGAUCUCAGUUAUUUUGCAAUUCGAUUAUCCACAUGGCUGUGCCGAGGUCAUUCCGGAACAGUGUUGACUGUGUGAAUGGCGGUAAUCCGCGCGGUCAUCCAUCAUCGAGUGCUCUGUCUAAUUGGGUGCGAAUCAGCGGGACGUCACCGCAUUGUGCAAAUGGUCUCUCCUCGCCACUCGUAACAGUGCCGUCGUUCGGACGACGACGACGACGUCUCCUUCUUAUUCUACCUCAUGCGCGCCUUUUCCGCAUCAUUUGCGCACUUUCUCACACGUUUCCGCCCCAUCUCGCAUCUCCAUUUCCAUCGUUUCGUUGUUGUUUUUAUGGUGUCGUUUGGUGGCCGAACCGACAGACCGUCGGCCUUCUGUCCACAAUUUUCCACAUUUUUCGUGUCCGCAUAAUUGUUUGAUAAACGACUCUUCCUGCCGCGUCCUUCUUCCCCGUCGUUUCGUCGUUUCCAGGCCAAUGACUGCACUUUUUAUCGACGUCGUAAAACUGGGCGCUGAAAGUAUCACUUACAAAAUCUUUGACUUCACUAGUUAUCGUGUUUCUAGAACAUCCAUUUCACCGCCCAUUUUGAAGAACUUUGACGCGUUUUGCUCUUGCCCCGAUGUGCCAAUUAAAUGCGAAUAUGUUGAUAAUGAGCGUGAAGAGACCAGAACGUCACUGAUAACACGGUGGCUCCUUCUGCUCCACCAGGUCGUCCGUGAGAAUUUAGUUUCGGUUGCCCCCUCACGGCAAUUAGUCGUGUGAGGGGCACCUGCCAGAGUGUCAAACACGAUGCGUCAGUCCGAAGGGGCCCUCGAAUAUAAAUGCGAUUGUAAUCCAUCUUGCAUCGCCCAUUGCUCCUCUUCUUCUCUCUCUCUCUCUCUCUCUCUGUCUCCCCCAUUUUUUGUGGGCCGCGUCUAUCCAUCAAAAGCUCACCAGUCAUUUCGAGUCGAAUAAAAUGAGCAUUUGGUGGGCGACUCGACGCGGCGCCGGCUAGCCUUCUUCACUGCUUCUGCGCAUAAGAAAACCCAUCGUUUUUAAUCGAAUACAACCAUCCGGCUCCUUGGCAAGCCAGAAAGCUCCAUUUUCUGUCGCACGACUCCCCACUCCACAUUUAUAUUCAUCUUCGGUAUGGAAGUGGCCUCCGGGCUCUUGCGUGUGCAUUCCACCCCGAUUUUUAUGUGCGUCUCUCUCGACACUCUGCCUGCCACUCUUGGCUUCAAAUUGUUCGUGAAGCACACAGUGCACAAUAAUCACACGCACACAUGCACAUAAAAACGCCGUGUCGCGGUUCGCCUAAAGUUUUUGACACCCAAAAGUUCCGCUUAUCAUUCCGCCGCCUCUAAUUCCUUUAUCGGGCCAACAAACCGGCCGGCUUAUUUAUUACCCGUGUAAUAUAAUGUGCACCUCUUCAUUCUCCCAUCAUGAAACGCUUCGUCGUUCUUUUGAAGUCUUUUCUCUCCGUUCUUUCGCCCUCCUCCCACGAUAAUUGGUUUUUGCGUCGAGCGUGGCGCUAGCGGCGCAAACACGUCGACGCGAAAGUUCACAAUUUGAAAAGUUGAACAAAAAGAACGCGGAUGACCGUGUAAACGAGGCCCGCCGCCCUUCUCUCUUUUUAUCUUUCUCCGUUGUUUUAUCGUUCCUCCCAUAAUAAAAACCGAAUGAGCCGCUUUCAUCUUUCCAAUUCUUACAGCUCCAACACCUCCAACUCUGCUGUCUUCACGACGUGAGAAGCGAGAAACGCGCUCGAAUUGUAUCGUCUGGUCCCCUGCCAAGCUUCGGUUUUCCCGAACUAAUCUGUGAAAAUUGUGCCUCCACUGAUCGCCCGUCGAUCAACCCCUUCUACAACCACGUCGGACCAAAGGCGAUUCGUGAAUCCAAAUUUCCCGCAUCAAGGCUCGAGCGCCGCACGAGAAAAGUGAGUUUGUGUUUUUGAGAAAAGUGAGUUUGAGUUUUUCAAGUAUUAAACGCUUUUUACAGUAGGAAACGAAGUGGGUCUGCUAGUGGCAUGUCCUUUUCGGAUCACAUUGAAGCCAUCAAGAAAGAGAUGACCACGAUGAACAGUCAACUUGGAACCAAUAAGAGCGAAAUCGAGCGAGCACGACAGGAAAAUUCGUCCAUCCAGCAACAAAUCCAAAUGAUAUCUGAUCAAGGGACUCUGCAAAUGGACCUACAAAAGGCGGCCGAGUUAACGAAGAAGCUGGAGAACAUUGCGAGAACUUUCUGCCAAACAAUCAGCGAUCAGAGCCAGCAGGCACAGUUGCUCGCAGAACUCGAAUCGAUCGCGAAAAACGGAGCCGGUCAGAUGUCGGUCAUGACUCCUCCUAUGAUGAAUGCAGUUGCUGCUGCGGCAAUGCAUCCACAUAUGAUGAUGAGGUAUUGAGAUCAGAACCAACAACUCUCAAUCGCGGUACAACAUAAUAGAACUGCGACGUAAUAGAACUGUUUUUCGGUGGUUCGCGUUAGCAUUUUGUUUUUAAAUGUGAGCAAUUGUCUAUAUUUCGAUGCAAUAAUUGGAUAGCAAGCUUCAAAAACGAUCUUACUUCAUAAAACGAUUAUCCUAUAGAAAGGCGCUCUAAACAGUUCUAUUGUGUCGCAGUUCUGUUCCGCCCAGUUCCAUUAUGUCGCAGUUCUAUUCUGUCGAAGUUAUAUUCUGCGCAGUUCUAUUAUGUUGUACCGCCCUCUCAAUAACUUGUAUUAUUCAGAAAUCCGAUGAUGAAUGCAAUGAAUGCAUCUCCACGAGUUGGAAAGGGAGGGGCGCCGAACGGCGGAUUGAACGGAAUGGCAAUGAUGCAUCAGAUGCAGGCACAAGCAAUGAUGCAAGCACAGGCCGCCAUGAUGCAGGCUCACAUGUUCCAGCAGAUGCCAAUGAUGGGAGUGCCCGGCAUGAUCCCCGGAAUGCCUCCAGGAAUGGCCGGUCUGCCCGGAAUGAUGCCCCCGAAUAGCGCCGCCGCAGCCGCUGCAGCUAUGCAACAAUUCAAUGCUGCUCAGGUAUAAAUGCAACUCAUCCGGACAAUCAUUAUACCGUGAGCUUCAGGUGGCCGCUGCAAUUGCCACGUCAACACCGUCAAGGAAUCCAUCGACGUCUGGAGCAGCUUCUCGUACGCGGACGCCAUUAACCGCAUCGGCCACGAAUUCCCCCCGACCGAUCACGGAACCAGUAAUUAAAGAGGAGGACCCGCCAUCGAUGGAAGCUGACGUCACCGUGACUGCCACGAGUGCCGCGACAAUCAAACAAGAAGAGAACUCGACGGUCGCCGUUGCGUGA